CAAAACUCUUCACUCAUCAAAGCAUCCCCAAACGCAAAUAAUAGCAGUUUCUUUCUCUUCUCUUAUUUUCUUUGAUAUCUUCCUCUUUUACACACAUUCAAAUGGCCACUGUCCAGGUUUUGAAGGUUGAGCAAGUGAGUCCAACAACAGCUGAGAACGAUGAGAUCCCACCACUAAAGACAGAGAUGCCGGUGGGAACCGCUUACUGUGUCGAUAUAGUAGAAUGCGAAGCGUCGUACGGAGAAAAGAAUAUAGACAUGGUCGUAGAAGAAACAGAGAAACCAUCUGAGGAAGAGGAAAUGAUAGAGUCAGAGGUUAACAAGAACACGACUGGCCUUUAAGAAAAAAUGAAUUUAAACAAAGUGUCUCUGACUUGGUCAUUACCCGUUUUUUUUUGUUUUCUGCAAAUAACGUAGAUAAAGUCUUUUUGACUUGGUCUACUAAUCAAUUUCAACUUGUUCACGUCCUACUACUUAGUGGGAGGAAGGAAAGUUCCUAGUAGUAAAUAGUAACUACGGUUCCAUCUUAUCUACUAUAUCAUAGCUAUGACCGGACUUAUUUUUUUUUUGUGUGCAAACAUUAACUUCAUUAACUAA